AUGUCAAAAAUUCGACGGAAGGUCACAGUAGAAAAUACCAAGACCAUAUCGGAUAGCACAUCACGUAGACCAAGUGUUUUUGAGAGGCUUGGGCCUAGCACUGGCAGUAGUGCAGAGACGCAGUGUCGUAACUGGAUGAAAACUGGAAAUUGUGCUUAUGGUAAUACUUGCAGAUUUAUUCAUUCACCAAGAGGAAAAGGAUUUAGUGGAUCUUACCGAAGGUCACCAGAUAGGCCAACUGGAGAUCUCCGUGAGCGAAUGAAAAAUAAGCGUCAAGAGGUUGAGACAGAGCCACAAAAACGUUCUGCUGAAGAACCAGCUUCACCUUCCCGGAAGGAGUCUUCCAGGGGAAGACACAGAGAAAAGGAAGAUAUCAAAAUUACUAAAGAGAGAACUCCAGAAAGUGACGAGGAGGGUGGUGAAUGGGAAACCACUAGAGAAGAUUCAGAUAACGGUGAUGGCAGUUAUGAUUAUGACCACGAAUUAUCAUUGGAAAUGAAGCGUCAGAAGAUCCAACGAGAAUUAAUGAAACUGGAACAGGAAAACAUGGAAAAGCGAGAAGAGAUUGUCAUAAAAAAAGAGAUUUCACCUGAAGUUGUUGCAAAAAUGUCUCCAUCACCAAGUAAAUCUAGCAAGUCUCCAAAACGAAAGUCCAGCCCAAAGUCCAAUAAUCCCACCAGCAAGAAAGAAAAGAGGAGUACAUCAGGAGCAUCUCCGCCACCUUCAGAUCUACCAACCAGUCCAAAGGAGCUCAAAGCAAGAAAAAAAGGACCUCGGACUCCAAGUCCACCACCCCCAGCUCAAGAAGAAGUUCCUGUUUCGAAGAAACAUAAAGAUAAGCAUAAGACAAAGGAUCGUGUUGAGGAGAGAGUCAAGGAAGUAAAGGAAAGGGGCAGGGAUGUUGAAAAGCACAGAGACCGAAAAGAGAGGCAGAGGUCGGUUUCUCCUGCUGCACGUCAUCACUCUCCCAUGUCCUCAAGGCAUCAUUCGCCAUCAUCACAGUCAGGAUCCUCUGUACAGAGACACUCUCCCUCCCCUCGUCGCAGACGAUCUCCAUCCCUUCAUUAUCAGAGGACCUCCUCACCUGCUGGAAGGCGCUCCUCCUCUCCCUAUGGUACUCAUGGAUCAUCUCCUCAGAGGAGACGAAGUCAGUCCAAACAUCACUCUCCAUCUAGAGAAAAAGGAAGACAUGAGAGGGAGAGAACGUCUGCUUCCCAGGACAGACGACAUGACAGGAGGGAUGACAGCAGAGGAAGAAAGGACAAAGACAGAGAGCGAGAUGAUAGAGAUCAUGACCGGGAACCAAGCAGUUCUAGAGAGCACAGAGAGGACAGAGAACCUCGCGAUGGUCGUGAUCGUAGAGACGUAAGAGACAAUCGUGAUCGACGAGAAACUAGAGACACCAGAGAAGUCCGUGAUGCUAGAGAUAGCCGGGACUACAGAGAGGGUAAAGAAAGCCGUGAACAGAAAGACACUCGGUCAGCCCGUGACACACAUGAUUACAGAGAAAGGGAUAACCGUGAAUCCCACCGAAAGGAUGAUCAGUAUGAAGAUCGAAGUUACAGAAGAAGCCAUGGCAGAGAAGAGGCUUCCCGAUCUGAAACACGAAAUGAGAGCAGAAAUGAUUCUAGAAGUGAUACGAGAAAUGGCCGGUCAAGAGUACGUGCUCCUGACCCUCCUGAAAAAGGUAGUCGUGGAACAAGAGCCUCCCAGGUUGAUAACCACAGCAGCAGCAGUUACCAUGACAACUGGGAAUCCAGGAGUAGUUAUGCUGAUAGAGAACGAUAUGACAGUCGGGAGCAGGGAAGAGAUUCUUCAUUUGAUCGUAGACAUGGGGAUCGAGAUCGUCGAGACAGAGAGAGAGUCAAGGAAAUUGCUACAGGCAGCCAUCAAAGUACUAUUUCAAUUGUCUUCUCAUUGACAGAGCAAAGACCAACAUCUCCAGCACCUCACAGAGGAAGGAAUGAGGAUGAGCGUGAGGAAAGAAGAGAUGAGCGCAGAGUUGACCGAACAGAUGAUAGGAGGGAUGAUAGAACUAGAGAGCGUGAACGAGAAAGGGAGAGGGAGCGUGAGAGAGAACAGAGAGAAAGGGAUAGAGAAAAAGAGCGGGAGUCUGAACGUGAGAGAGCUCGUGAGCGUGAGAGAGAGAAAGAAAGAGAACGGGAAAGAGAACGAGAAGAGCGUGAGAGAGAUCGAGAGCGUGAAAGGGAGCGUGAGCGUGAACGGGAGAGAGAGCGUGAACGAGAGAGAGAGCGUGAAAGAGAGCGAGAGAGAGGCAGAGAGAGAGAACGUCCAAGAGACUGGGAUGAAAAAGACAAAGGAAGAGAAGAUCGCAGAGAGAAAAGGGAUGAUGUACGGGAAGAAAGAAAUCUGAAAGAUGCACACGAAGAUAGGAAAGCCAAAAAGCGGCAUCGAAAUGAAAGCAGCCCAAGUCCACGUCAGUCUCCAAAGCGCCGUAGAGAGCACUCUCCAGAGAGCGAUACUUACAAUAGUGGUGAUGAGAAAAAUGAAAAACAUAGGCUGCUAAGUCAGGUUGUCCGACCCCAAGAGCCUCGUGCGCUAAGCCCUGCACAUGUAUCGGAAGAAAGACCGGCUCGUUGGAAGGAAGAUGAACGCAAGCCUGACCGAAAAGAGGGUUCCAGACGCUAUGAGGAGCCAGAAGUUAAAGAGCGAGCAUCUGCUUCAGAAAAACAGAGGGAACACUUAGUAGAUACUGAAAUCUCAAAGACAAAAGACAUUGAUAACACAGUGCAACAUAAGCAAGAAGAAAGAGAGGUUUCUGAUAAACUGCAUGAUGAUAAAACUAAGAAGAAAAUGCUAAAGAAAACUGUAAAGAAGAAAAAAGAUGAAGAAAUUGUAGUGGAAAAAAGUGCUACUGAAUCUCCACAAGAAGAGGGGAAAGUAUUUUCACCGAAGAAGGGUACAAAAAAGAAGAAUCUGGAGAAGAAACGAAAGAAGGGUGAUUCUGAUGUCUCCGAUGAAGAACUCACUGUGCAACACAGUAAGAAAAAGAAGGGCCCCAGGACACCACCAGCUAUAGUGGCUCCACUUCCUACAGCAGCAGCAGCAGCUUCAAAAGAGGAACUUUCUGAGGUGUUGCCUGAAAAGAUGGUGGCUGAACCAACCCAAACCACAUUCAGUGACUGGUCAGAUGAGGAUGUACCUGACAGAGGUGAAGCUUUCAUUCCAGAUAGAAACACAGAAGAGACAAUUAAAAAACCAGUCAAACUCAAAGUGGAGAAAGAAGAUUCCAGACCUACAGCUGUGGAGGAGCCUCCUAGUCGUAAGCUUUCUGAACAGAAACGUAGCAGUAGCAUAUCUAGUAACCAGAGUCGUACCUCCAGCCGCAUCCGAUCUCCAUCUAUUGACUCGGUUCACCGCAGUGAAGAAGAUCAGGUUGCUAGAAGGAAAAUGUUACACGGAGGCUCUAAGGACAGAGACCGAAAUAAAAGUAAUGAGCCCUCUGGUGAACGCAAGUCUAGAAUUGAUCAGCUGAAAAGGGGAGAACCUAGUCGCAGCACUUCAUCAGGUAGAUUCCUUAUAUUUCUUUAUUGUUUAGCUGAACAGUCUAGCAUAUGUCAGCCAAGCACAUCUGAUCAGCAUUUCAGUAUUUCAAUUAAUUUUAUGGUCUUCACUUUUUUUAUUUUUAUUGUCAUAAGGAUAUUGAAACUUAAUUCUGACACGAAAAGGAACGCAAGAGUUGGCUAG